AUGCAAACAGGCAUGGGGCUGGGAGCCGGCACGGCGGCCUGGCGUCGUGGCCCCGGCGGGGCUGGCGCGUCCCGGGUCCGCCAGGUUGCCGAGAAACCGCUCAGUCACCAAUCGUGCAAGUUCCUGCUGUUAAGUGCAAGUGUCCAGGAUGAGGCUGUGGACAAAACUCAGUUCAAGGAAUGCAACCAGAUUGCUUUUUACAGGCGUCAGAAACUCCUACAUCCUGGAAAAUCCUCGUAUCGAGCAUUGUUGGAUUCAGUCGUAUUAAGUGAUGACAAUGUCAAAUUCUCAAUUAUUCAUGAGGAGAAUAAGGUUCUUCUACAAGUAGAAAUUUUUGAAAUAGAGGGCAAUAUUUUCAGGCUUAAAAUUAAUGAGGCAGCUCCUCUCAGAGCAAGGUACGAAGUUUCUGAUGUUCUCAUAAAGGAACCUACCACCCAAAGACUCUCUAUAUCCCGUAAGGAGGCAGGUAUUUUGGUGCUGAAAAGUGUUAAUGAGGAGUACAAGCUUCAAGUCACUGCAAACCCCUUCCAAAUUGAGCUGCAGUCCAAGGGUGAGAUUGUGCUGAGCAUGAAUUCCAGUGGGUUGUUAUAUUUUGAGCACCUACAACCACCUCCCAGUGAUAGCAAAACUACAGCAGAAAACAAGGAGGAGGCAGCAAGUGACUCCUCUAAGGAGAAACAAGAGGAUCUAGGUCUCUGGCAAGAGAAAUUUGGCAGUUUUUUAGACAUCAAAGCCCACGGCCCUAGUUCUGUAGGCAUGGACUUCUCUUUACAUGGAUUUGAGCAUGUUUAUGGAAUACCACAACAUACAGAAACACUCCUUCUCAAAAACACCAGUGAUGGUGAUGCCUACCGACUUUAUAAUUUGGAUAUAUUUGGCCAUAAGAUACAUGACAAAAUAGGCAUUUAUGGUUCAGUGCCCUUUCUCUUAGCCCACAAGCCUAACAGAACUUCUGGGAUCUUCUGGCUGAACUCUUCAGAAACGCUGGUGGAUAUUAGCACAAAGGCAGUAGCUGAGCACGUGCCCUCCAGAUCCACUGCAGAGACUGCUAAGCAGAGGGUACUGCCUCAAACUGAUGUACGCUGGAUGUCAGAGAGUGGGAUCAUUGAUGUUUUCCUGCUGAUGGGACCCACUGCUUUUGAUGUUUUCAAGCAGUUUGCACAACUGACAGGCACUCAAGCCCUACCUCCCCUCUUUUCUUUGGGCUACCAUCAGUGCCGCUGGAAUUAUGAGGAUGAGCAAGAUGUCAAGGCAGUAGACGCUGGCUUUGAUGAGCAUGAUAUUCCUUAUGACGUGAUAUGGCUAGACAUUGAGCACACCGAUGGGAAGAGGUAUUUUACCUGGGACAAGAAAAAAUUCCAGAACCCCAAAAGGAUGCAAGAACUUCUCAGGAAGAAAAAACGUAAGCUUGUCGUCAUUGUAGAUCCCCACAUUAAGGUUGAUCCCACGUACACCCUGUAUUCACAGGGCAAAGACAAGGGAUAUUUUGUGAAAGACAGGAAUGGGCAAGAUUUUGAGGGCAUCUGUUGGCCAGGUUCUUCUUGUUAUCUGGAUUUCACCAGUCCUGAGGUGCGAAAAUGGUAUGCAGAUCAAUUUGCCUUCAAAUCGUACAAGGGGUCAACUAAUAUCCUCUUUGUAUGGAAUGACAUGAAUGAGCCUUCGGUCUUCAGAGGGGCAGAGCUAACAAUGCAGAAAGAUGCUGUGCACUACAGCAGCUGGGAGCACCGGGAAGUUCACAACCUCUAUGGAUUCUACCAGCAAAUGGCAACUGCAGAUGGACUCAUCAAACGUUCUUUGGGAAAAGAGAGACCAUUUGUCCUGACACGAUCUUUCUUUGCUGGAUCGCAGAAGUAUGGGGCAGUGUGGACUGGAGACAACACAGCAGAGUGGGAAUACUUAAAAAUCUCCAUUCCAAUGCUGCUCACCAUCAGCAUAGCAGGGAUUUCAUUCUGUGGAGCUGAUGUGGGAGGGUUUAUUGGAGAUCCAGAACCAGAAUUACUUGUUCGUUGGUAUCAGGCUGGAGCCUACCAGCCCUUCUUCAGAGGCCAUUCUAACAUGGAGAGCAAACGGCGAGAACCAUGGCUCUUUGGGGAGAAGAACACCCAGAUCAUCAGGGAAGCCAUCAGAGAGCGCUACGUCCUCCUGCCCUACUUAUAUACACUGUUUUAUCGGGCACACAUGGCAGCUGAACCAGUUAUGAGGCCUCUCUGGGUAGAGUUUCCAGGGAAAAUAGACACUUUUGAUGUGGAAAACGAGUACAUGUUGGGAAAUGCUUUGCUGGUGCAUCCGGUCACUGAGCGAGAGGCCAGGACAGUGAGCGUUCUGCUUCCUGGGUCAGAGGAGAUUUGGUAUGAUUUCAGAAAAUUGAAACGAAUGGAAGCUGCAGGCGCUCUGAAGAUCCCAGUAACGCUGGAGAAUAUCCCUGUAUUCCAGCGUGGGGGAACUGUGAUACCUCUGAAGACCACAGCUGGAAAGUCCACGGAGUGGAUGACAGAUAUUUCUUAUGCGCUGCAUGUGGCCCUGGACACAGAGGGCUAUGCAAAAGGUGAACUCUACCUAGAUGAUGGGCAUUCAUUCCAGUACCUCCAUGAGAAGCAGUUCCUGCACUGGAAAUUCACUUUCCACAAGAAAGUUCUCUCUUCCAGUUGCACAGAUGAAAAUGGACAGUACCACACUACAUGCAUAGUUGAGCGGGUGAUAAUUCUGGGACUUGGAGAGCAACCCAUCUCUGUGACAACAUGUUUAAAGGAUGGGAAAGAAAAAGAAGUGGUUUUCACAUAUGAUACGAAGACCUCUGCGUUGACACUGGAAAAAUUAGCCCUGAGUAUUGGUGCUGACUGGGAGAUUCAUAUCAAGUGAAAGGAGAAACAGCUUCUUCGGAGAAUUCACUGAGAGGUUGAAAGGAAACGAGUUUGGAGGAAUUAAAAUGCUUGUUUGAAUCCAGUUAGAUCAAAGAAUAUAUUUCCCUCCUCGCAAAGAAUAUAUUUCCCUCCUCGCAAAGAAUAUAUUUCCCUCCUCGCAAACUAACAUAUCCUAUAGUCUUUCUUUUAAAACAGUAAGUUAGACGUGAGUCAUUCUUCUCAAGUCAGUAGUUGGCAAAAGUAAUAGCAAUGGGAUUGUACUUGUGGUAAAAAGCUAAUUGCUAUCUGGUCCAGGCUAGCUUCAGUAAGGCAUUAAGGUGGAGUUCUGCCUUCACUUGCACCAGAAAAUCCUGACUUGAUGAGUGGGUGAGGUUGUGGCUGGUUGGCAUGCGGUUUAAUAAAAGCACCUGGAAAUCAAACUAUUCACAGGCUAGAGCACUUGGGAAGAAUAGCUCUGUGCCAGUUUAACAAACAGCAUCGAUAGGUAUGUCAGAUGUGGAAGUUAUGGUCAGAGUUCCUGCUUUGUGCAAACAAACACAGAAGGAGUCACCCAGCGUGAUUACAGGCACUCCCCCUUUCCAGUCCUUACGACAGUGCAAAAUCAGGCAGUUUGUACAGGAAAGUUAACGAUGCUAGCUGAACGGUUCAGGCUGAACUGAAGCUAAGGUUUGAAUAAGCAAUGCCAGUCAGUUGCGUGAAGGUAAAAGCAUGUGAAAUGGAAAUGGAGAAGUCUCUUUAACAACUGGAUUUGAAAUUUUGGUAUUUGGAUUUUCAAGAAAGCACAAGUCUACAGAAGUGCAAUAUUGGCAUGAGGUAGCAGCAGGACUGCUACAGAAAUACUUUACACGUUAUUGCUCCCCAUCUCUGCCAGCACAACUGUGUGGUUUUGUUUUUGUUUUUUUUUUUUUAAGUCUUUUGUUAGGAAGGAAUUGUCCGUAUGUCUGAAUGCAUGAAUGUCGUUGGUUACAGCCAGCCUGGUACAGCAACUCUGCUUAUGGACAGCUCUGCUCUUGCGCAUCUUUCAGUUCCUGCUAACGCCUGGCUUUCUUUAGAUAUAUUUUAGCAAUUUCUUGGUCACUUUUAGUAUCUAGCUGAGCUUUGAGUUUGGUAGAUGGCAAUAGAAAAGUUUUUUCAGGCAAAGGAAACUCAAAGUGCUUGAGAUUUUCUUUAUAACAGAAAAUAUUCUUAAACUUAAUGGGAUUAAUUCAUCCCAUUUCAUGCAUAUUACCCCAUUCUCUUACAACUUACCCUAAUUCUCUCUUGCCUCACAAUCCCACCUUCUCUGCAAACACAACAGGGGUGCUCCACUGCUUUCUUCCCUUUUCAAAGCCAAGAGACACAUCCUGAGUCCUACAUCCUUUACAUCCUGCCUGUUCCCACUACCCCUUCCACAUGGUGCACCUCUCCUCACAGGCUGCUGUUACUCCACAAUUUGAUUGGCCUUUCACUUUGCUACAGUUGUCAAAUAUAUUAUUUUAAAGUAAGUUCUGCUUUAAGUCAAGCGUGAACAUACCAUCAUUUGGGUUUUAUGGGUCUAGAAGAGCGGAAUUUAUUUAAUUUCUUUCAGUAUGGUAAGGAAAUGUUUUCUAGAAAGAUCUGUAAAUUGGCUCUUGGGGAGCAGAGAAGCAUGGUUAACAUUUUUGCUGACUAAAGGGAACAUAACUGUCCCUUUGUACAAUGUGCACUGCUCUUACUAAGCCCUGCCUGAGCUUGGUUAGUCAGUCACUGCCACCUGCUGCUGUUUGUCCUCUGUAGGGCAGAUUUCUGCAAAUAUCAGGUGUAAGAGCAAAAUGUGAUUGCUCUGCUCUUGACUACUGAGUGCAGCUUGUUCCCUGCCAGACCCAUAGGUUCCUCCUUUAUUCUGCAGAGCUCUUUUUCAACCCUUCCAGCAGGCACUGUGAGCCUCUGCUGUAGGAACUGGACACUGGCAGCCCAAACAGUGCUGUGCUUAGUGCAGGCAAGUGGAAUAGUAGCAAACAGGUCUUUUACAUCUGUGAGAAGAGAGUCAGGCCCUAUUUUUCUGUUGGUUUCUAAGCUUUAAUUGAUGAUUAAUUCCUAUAUUUAAGCAUAAUGGUGCUUCUGACUGUGUAAUUAUUGACUGGAGCAUUUUAAUGAAACAUUUUAACUGGUAUUUUUGAAAUGUGAAAGUAAGUGGAAUAAAGUAACA